AUGGCCGGAGUUAUUGCUUUUCUCUCUGCUGCCGCCCCUAUCAUACCUCAGGGCAUCGCCGUUUUAGAAGGUGCCAAGGCAGCAGAGGCUAGAGCUUCAGCAUCAGCAUUUGCAUCAAGAGCAGCAUUACUACCAGCGGUAGCACCAGCAGCUCCUUCGACGAUCUUUCCCACGCUGCCUUUAGCCACUCUAGCUGCUCAUAAUAACACUUAUACCCCAAAGGUUACCGAUUCUAUUCUUCCAAAGGCUGGCCCAACACCUGCUGUGCAGAACCAGCCUCCGCAAGUCAUUGUCGAAACGAACUACAUCAUAAUUACUAAAUUCGAGUCACUUGCUCCGACUAUAGUCACAGUCACACAAACGCAACAGCCAAAUCCUCCUCUGGCAAGUCCUCCGAAUGCAUUGCCCCUGGUAAAUCCUGGCCCGGGGGCAGCUCUUCUAUCUAAACCUUCACCAUUAUUGUCAUCCACGCCGAAAACAACCCCCGAGGCUGCUGCUGCUUCAUCCAGUCCACAGCAAGUUCUUCCAAUACCACCAGUGCUUGCUCCUCAACCCUCUCCUCCUUCCGAGUCAGCUUUAUCCAUUGCAUCACCAACUACCUUGGUUCCCCAAGUUCCUUCAUCUCCGUUGCCCAAUACCAACAUGAGUGGUCCGGCCCCAGGGAGAGGCGAAGCACCGCCGCCAAACUUCAACCCACAAGCACAGACGGGGCCUCCGGGCGAUGGUCCUCCUAUGGGACCCCCUGACCCAGCCAACGGAGCUUUUCUGGGCGGCGUACCAACAAAGAACUUCGAUCUCCCUAUCACCGUGGCCUUCAUGCUCCUCUUCAUGCUUGGAGCUUAUGUCCACCUGAGCAUCUACAAAAGAAACGCUAAGCGAGGCCAUAAGUUCUUGAUAUCGGAUAUCAUCUUUGACUUUUGCAUGAUCAGAACUGUUACCUGUAUAUUUCGGAUUACCUGGUCUAUCGUCACGACGAGGGGCGUUGUUCUGAUGGCUUUGAUUACCGAGAAUGGCGGUGCCUCGGUAAUGUUCGCCGUCAAUAUUUUCUUCGCUCAGCGUUUGGUUCGGUCGAUUCACCCCAAAGCAGGAUGGUGCACGGCCUUUGGCCAGUUCACAAUCUUCUUGCUCCUCUCGGUUCCGGCUAUGACCAUCUUCAAUGCGACCAAUUUGAUCAUUACCUUUUUCAGUGUCGGCAAUGUGGAUCGUCUAGAGACGACAGACAAUCUGCUCAAGUUUGGCAGCGCGUACAACAUGUUUCUUGCCGCCUUCCCUGUCAUUGUCGUGACGGGGUGCCUUUGCAUUCCAGGGCCCAAGCCUGAGAAAUUUGGCACAGGUUCGCAGCGUGUCAAAGUGGCUCUGUUAUUCUUUGGGGCAUUCCUCUUAAUGGCUGGACAAGCUAUUCGUUUGUACGCAAGCUUUAACAAGGAGCCACCUGGAACAAACAGCAUCCUUUUUGGCAAGACCGUAUUUUACACGACGGGCUUCAUGUUUGAGCUGCUGGUAAUCGCAGCCUACGCAUUUGGCAGAGUGGAUUUACGUUUCCAUGUGCCCAAUGGCUCUAGCGGACCAGGAGAUUACUCUGGCGACAAGAGCAAAGGCAACUACACCGUUGAGGAGAUUGAACGCCUCAUUACCGACCUUGAAGUGCCACACCAAAUCAUGCGCGAGAGGAAAGGACCCGAGGACAUGGAGAUGGUAUUUACUAUCUUCUUUGCAACAAAGAACAAGGAUAAGGACGAAAAGGAGGAGCAUAGCGGCAUAUCUGAUGAUGCCACUGUAGUAGGAAGCAAUACCGAGGAUGGAUCUCGACGACUAGGGGAUAUGCCUCUUCCAGAGAGAAACAAACGAAUCACUAGGAGGCAAACAAUCAUCGACGCCUUCAGACAGCCUCUUCCACGACAGGAAACAGAAGUCCCCGUCUAUCCCGACAUAACGGACUUUUACGCCCAAAUGGACGACCGAAAGGUACCCAGUCGGCCUGCAAGGCCUUCCAUGUACUCCGAGUAUGAAACCGGCCAAGGGUACAUGAACGGACCCAAGUACGAUGCACGGACUCAGCAAUACAGAGGUGUCUCACCUCCUUACGAGAACGAGAAAAGGACAUGA